AUGGCGGUGGUGGCUGCAGGCGCGGCUUCGGCGGAUCUGGUGAUCGGCUGGUGCAUAUUCGGCCUCUUACUACUGGACUGGGCUAAUGCUAAUGUCAGCAGACAGAUUGAGGACACUGUAUUAUAUGGUUACUAUACUUUAUAUUCUGUUAUAUUGUUCUGUGUGUUCUUCUGGAUCCCUUUUGUCUACUUCUACUAUGAAGAAAAGGAUGAUGAUGAUACUAGUAAAUGCACUCAAAUUAAAACAGCACUCAAGUACACUUUGGGAUUUGCUGUGAUUUGUGCACUUCUUCUUUUAGUUGGUGCUUUUGUUCCAUUGAAUGUUCCCAAUAACAAAAAUUCUACAGAAUGGGAAAAAGUGAAGUUCCUGUUUGAAGAACUUGGAAGUAGUCUGAAGACAAACCAAAUGCUAAAAGCAAUUGCCUAUGGCAUGUCUGCUUUACCUUUAAAUCUGAUAAAAGGCACUAGAAGCACUGCUUAUGAACGUUUAGAAAACACUGAAGACAUUGAAGAAGUGGAGCAACACAUUCAAACAAUUAAAUCAAAAAGCAAAGAUGGUCGACCUUUGCCAGCAAGGGAUAAACGUGCCUUAAAACAAUUUGAAGAAAGGUUAAGAACACUUAAGAAAAGAGAGAGACAUUUAGAAUUCAUUGAAAACAGCUGGUGGACAAAAUUUUGUGGUGCUCUGCGUCCCCUGAAGAUCAUUUGGGGAGUAUUUUUCAUCUUAGUUGCAUUGCUGUUUAUAAUUUCUCUCUUCUUGUCAAAUUUAGAUAAAGCUCUUCAUUCAGCUGGAAUAGAUUCUGGUUUCAUAAUUUUUGGAACUAACCUGAGUAAUCCACUGAAUAUGCUUUUGCCUUUACUACAAACAAUUCGAAAUAUUGGCAUAUGGUUCUUUUGGAUUAGAUUAUAUAAAAUAAGAAGAGGUAGAACUAGGCCCCAAGCACUCUUAUUUCUCUGCAUGAUACUUCUGCUUAUUGUCCUUCACACUAGCUACAUGAUUUAUAGUCUUGCUCCCCAGUAUGUUAUGUAUGGAAGCCAAAAUUACUUAAUAGAGAGCAAUAUAACUUCUGAUGACCAUAAGGGUAAUUCAACCCUUUCUGUGCCAAAGAGAUGUGAUGCAGAUGCUCCUGAAGGUAACCAUUGUUGCCAUGGGACCUGGGCGGAGUAUGCAACCACAGCCAUUGGUGCCUGCCACCCUCUGGUUAGCGCAGCUGCCACCACUGCUACCUGGGUAGCACCACCAUUGACAGCCCUGGGCGGACAGAUGCCCAUACCACCAGGCACCACCUGCCAUAGCAUGCUGUUGCUGCCACCAGAUCUGGACAGAGCAAAUGUCCACAGCCCAGGCGCCUGCUGCUGCCGCUGA